GCACGCCAGCAGCCGCCACCUCCACCUCCACCAGAGCUCUGCUGUACUCCAGCCUCUCUCUCCCUCCCUCCCUCUCUCUCUCUCCUGCUCUCUCUCUCUCUCCCUCUGCUUCCUCUCAGCACACCUCUCUAUCUUCUCCAGCUGUACCAUCACCUUGUCUUCUUCAAUUUCAUUUCUUGGCGCCCCCCUAAAAAAAGAAAAGAAAAGAGAGAAUGGAUUUAUCUCUUUUUUUAUCGCAGACUUCCAACUCACCAGCCCUGGUCUCUUAGAGAGAGAUUCUUUUUUUUAUAUAGUCGUCCUUUUCUUAAUUUUUUUUAUUCACAAAUCUUUUUCAUCUCAUGGAAAGACUUGCUCCUUGUGGUCCGAGUGAGACGUGAUGCUUCAGGAUUUAAGUACGAGUGUCCUGUUCCCGCCGUGUCUGCAGCACCGAAGUUUUGCUCAAGUUCCCGACAAUGACGAGCAGUUCGUUCCAGACUUCCAGACUGAAAACUUGGCGUUCCACGGACUGCAGCUGAAGAUUAAGAGAGAGCUGCACAGCCCGUGUUCCGAGCUGAGCUCCAACUGUUCCCAAGAGCGGCCCUUCAAACUCCAGUAUGGAGAGAAGUGCCCGUACAACGUCAGUGCCUAUGAGCAGAAGCAGCCUGCAGGAAUGAAGCCCUCCAGCCCCGUGACGCCCCCCUGUAGCACCCCUGUGUCCCCCCUCCACCAUGCCUCCCCCACGGCCCCCCCGACGCCCAAACCAGACAGGACCUACGCUCACAUCCCGUCCUCCCAGCCGCUCGCUGACAACACCUACUCCAUGGACCACAGAUUCCGACGGCAGCUCUCGGAGCCGUGCCACUCGUUCCCCUCCCCGCCCACGAUGGCCCGGGACAGCCGGCCCAUCUACCACCGGCAGAUGUCGGAGCCCAACAUCCCCUUCCCUCCUCAGGGCUUCAAGCAGGAGUACCCCGACCCGCUCUUCGAACACCCGGCCAUGGUGGGCGCGCCGCUGCCCCACACGUACCCCACCACCAUGAUGAUCAAGCAGGAGCCCCGGGACUUCACCUACGACUCAGCUGAAGUGCCGAGCUGCCAUUCUGUGUACUUACGGCAAGACGGCUAUCUGGCUCACACCACCAGGACUGAAGGGUGCAUGUUUGAGAAGGUGGCGAGGCAUUUCUACGAUGACACCUGCGUCGUGCCAGAAAAGGCCGAAGGCGACAUCAAGCAGGAGGCCGGCCUGUACCGCGAGGGCCCGUCCUACCAGCGCAGAGGCUCGCUGCAGCUCUGGCAGUUCCUGGUCGCUCUGCUGGACGACCCGUCCAACUCGCACUUCAUCGCCUGGACCGGCCGCGGCAUGGAGUUCAAGCUCAUCGAGCCGGAGGAGGUGGCACGUCGGUGGGGGAUUCAGAAGAAUCGACCGGCGAUGAAUUACGACAAGCUCAGCCGAUCGUUGCGCUACUACUACGAGAAGGGGAUCAUGCAGAAGGUGGCCGGUGAGAGAUACGUCUACAAGUUCGUGUGCGACCCCGAGGCCUUGUUCUCGAUGGCGUUCCCCGACAACCAGCGUCCGGUGCUGAAGACGGACAUGGAGCGGCAGAUCAACGAGGAGGACACCGUGCCGCUGUCGCACUUUGACGAGAACAUGGCCUACGUGCAGGAGGCGCCCUACUGCCAACCACACCCCUACAGCGAGGGCUACGUUUAUUAACGCCAACCCCCCCUCUCUCCACCUCCUCCUCCUCCUCCUCCUCCUCCUCACACACUCAUGCCUUCAAACACACACCUCCAUUCUCCAUCUCUUCUUCCAUCCUCCGUCACUCCAGAGACUGUCGUGUCCUCUAAUUCACAGUCGGUGCAGGAAUAAGACUGAACACACACAUGCAUCGGAGCUCUCUCUCUCUCUCUCUCUCUCUCUCUCUCUCUCUCUCAUAAACACACCCGUCCCCUGGUUCUUUUUGCUCUUGUCUUUCUGACGUCCACAGCAGGAUGGAGAGUGCACUUUAUGGACAGGAGGAGCGAUGCUAGCUAUGAGCUGUGUGGUGGUUUAUGUUUGUACAUUAACGUGGGAAUCGUUCUGUUUGUUUCUUCUGUUUUUUUAUUAUUCUGAUAUUUACUUUGUUGGGAGCAUGUGGCUGCGUGUUGGGACGCGACCCAACGACCCCAGACGAAGCGUCCUCCUCCUCACUCGAGCAGCAAACUGCAGGACGAGCGUUUUCCUUCGACCUUUCCUCCGUCAUCCUGGCGACGUUUUGUGUAACGAUACUUUUGUGGUGAAGUGACACAACUUCAGACUUGACAGAGAAAGGAAAGAGACGUUCAGCUACCCCCCAGUGGGAACUGCGAUGCCGCCAUUUUGAACAGCGACCUCUGGCCCCCUUCGUCCAAUCAGACUGUAGAUCUCAUGUAGGGGUUCCUGCUGUGAGGACACAAACCCCCCCGGAGACGAGACGGGGGGGGGGGCAUCGCAGCCGGUGUUUAGGA